AUGAGCGAUCAAACUUUUGCUGUACCUGCUUUACCAUCCAAGAGAAAGCAACAAGAGGAAGCGAAUGAGCAACAACAGCAACAAAAGUCGUUACCAAUUCCACCACCACUCAAAUAUGAAAAACCUUCAUGGAGUGCAGAAGCUAGUUUCAACUAUCGGAUUGAAGUUUUAAAAAAUGGUCAAAGCAUAGAGACGAUAGAAGGGCCCAAAAAAGAAUUUAUUACAAUCGGUCGAUUACCAUUAUGUGAUAUUCUCAUGGAACAUCCAUCCAUUUCACGUUAUCAUGCUGUCAUUCAGUUUGAUCACGAUGGUGAAGCAUACAUUUAUGACUUGGAUAGUGCUCAUGGUACAAAAGUAAAUAAAAAAGUAAUUUCAGCACGCGAUUAUGUUCUUUUAAAACCUGGCGAUCAGAUUCGCUUUGGAGAAAGUACACGAAUAUGCAUUUUUGAUUCAGAGAAACCCUAUGAUCCAGAAGCAGAAGCAGAGGCGCAAAAGGAGAAAGCGUUUAGACAACGACUUGCUAAAGCCAGAGGAGAGAUAGUACCUCAAGAAGAGGGUGAAGAUGAAGGGAUUACAUGGGGCUUUGCUGAAGAUGCAGUUGAAGAGGAUGAUGAUGAUGAUGAUGAUGUUAAUAAUCAAGAAGAGGGAUAUAUGGGCAUGCAGGAUAUUAUGAAUAAUUUGGAUAAAUCAGGAGAUGCCAAAUUAUUAGAUAUAGAAGCAGCCAAAAUGUCAGUUGAGGAUGCUAAAAGACGUCGAGAAGAUUUAGAUAUUAUGUAUGGAGAGGAUAGUGAUGAAGAAUUAUAUGAUAAAACGAGAAAAAAGAAUAAAAAGAAAGAACAAAAGGCAGAAACACAUGAAGAAUUGGUAAUCAAGGAAAGACAAACAAAAGAAAAGAUCAAAGAGCUUGAAAAAGAAAUUGAAGAGAAAAAGAAACAAGAAAAGAAAGAUAAAGAAGUAGAAGAAGACUUGGAUGCUUACAUGGAGAAUUUAACUAAGAAAUCUACACAAAAUGAAAAAUCAGUAUUUGCACUUCAAAAGGAAUUAAAUAAUUUAAAGAAGUCUAGUUCUAGUUUUAUUGAAUUACUAUGA